AUGCAUACUCCUAGUUCUGCAUCAGGUGAAGCUCUUAAUGAUGAUGCUCAUUACAUCAAUAGCUAUAACAAGAAAUUGAAAGUUGCAAAAAAUAAAGCCGUAGCAUUAUCAAGAAAUAACGAUGAUUUAACUACACCAAUAUCGACACAAUCAUCACAAGUAUGGCAAUAUGCCAUACGUUGUCAAAAUUCUAAUUUUUCAAUUUGUUGUUUAUGUCCAAAUGAUAAUAAAAUUUCAAUAAACAAUGGGUGGAUAUCGACUUUAUGUAGACAUUUGAUUACAAAAUAUCAACUACAUGAAUUAACAUUACUAAAUAAUUUGAAUAACAGGCUGAAUGAUUCAGAACAGAAGGUAACAAAUAUUGAACAAAUAGACAAUAAUGAUGAUAUUAUUGAACCCGGUGAACAUGAUGAAAUCAUUAUAAAUAUUGCUGGUGAUGAAUCAUCGGAAAUAUUUGAUUCGAACGACGAAGAACAAUUAUUAUUUGAUAACAGUGAUGAAGAAUGCGUGGAUGAUUGGACAACAGAUGUUAUUCAAUCAGAUUAUGAUACUGUUCGUAAACAAAAUAUGAUUUUAUUUGUAUUGAAAAAAUGUCGUGGUUUAACGUCAAUGAUUAAACGAUCAACAAUUAUUACAUUAUAUUUUGAUGCUGAACGAAAAAAAUAUUAA